CUCUCACUCACUGUGUUCUCUCUCUACUCCCUUUUAGUAAAUCAGUACUAGCUCACUUCACUUGCUGAUAUCUCUCUCUCUCAGAUUGACAUUGUGCUUUCUCUCUCUAGUUCUACUUUGGAAGAAGGGAUGGGAGAAGGGAAGGGCUCGACCCUGGUGCACGUUUUGGUGGUUGUUCUAAGCUUAGUGGCCUUUGGCUUCUCCAUUGCUGCUGAGAGACGAAGAAGCGUUGGCCAUAUAGAAGUAGAUCCUCGAACGAACGAAAGUUACUGUGUUUACAACUCAGACGUUGCAACUGGAUAUGGAGUUGGUGCUUUCUUGUUCCUUCUUUCUGGCGAAUCUCUACUUAUGGGUGUGACAAAGUGCAUGUGUUUUGGGAUACCUUUAGCUCCUGGUGGGAGUCGAGCCUGGUCUAUCAUUUAUUUUGUCUCAUCAUGGGUGACUUUUCUGGUUGCAGAAGCAUGUCUAAUUGCAGGUGCAACGAGGAAUGCUUACCACACCAAGUAUCGGUCUAUGAUUUAUGCUCAAAACUUCUCAUGUGAAACAUUGCGGAAAGGUGUCUUUAUUGCUGGUGCCGUAUUUGUGGUUGCAACAAUGAUUCUCAAUGUGUAUUACUACAUGUACUUCACCAAGGCAACUACUCAGGUUGCUAGCAAAACAAAUCGUGCAAGCUCAGCUGUUGGAAUGACUGGGUAUGCAUAGAAUAUCAACUGAUGAGACCAGAUGGCAUCUAAGUUUUGCAUGUUGAUGUUGUAUGGAUAUGCAGUGCUAUGAUUGUAAUACGCCUGUUACUAAUGCCUUUAACUUAUAUAAUGGUAAAUGUUUUUUUUA